AUGGUGGGCGCCAAGAUCCUUCUAGGAUCUCUUAACCUCAGUAGUUUCCUGAGAAAUAUGUUUGUCGUGUUUCCAUCUUCUCUAAGUCUUCAUAGACUUUUUGUCAUGUCUUCAGAAGAAUUUGAAAAGCAUAGCACAUCCCUUAGUCUAUGUGCGGUAGACAAAUAUACAGAAGAUAAGUCGGCAAACAAAAGAGAAAAAGAUCAGUCGACAGACAAAUGUUCAAAAGAUCAAUCGACAGACAAAUGUUCAAAAGAUCAGUCGACAGACAAAUGUGCAAAAGAUCAGUCGGCAGACAAAUGUGCAAAAGAUCAGUCGACAGACAAAUGUGCGAAAGAUCAGUCGGCUGACAAAAGUGCAAAAGAUCAGUCGACAGACAAAUGUUCAAAAGAUCAGUCGACAGACAAAUGUGCAAAAGAUCAGUCGGCUGACAAAAGUGCAAAAGAUCAGACGACAGACAAAUGUGCAAAAGAUCAGUCGGCAGACAAAUGUUCAAAAGAUCAGUCGGCAGGCAAAUUGCCCAAAAGAUCAGUCGGUAGACAAAUAAGAGAUAGAUCAGACGGAAGACAAAUGUGCAAAAUAUCAGUCAGCAGACAGUCUGGUGUAAAUAUGAGUUGUGUGCAUCGGACUUCCUUGUUGGUGAAGAUGUUUUCUCGGCGUGGUUUGAGUUUCUCAGGAAGUAAAUUGUAG